CGCAGCUCCAGUAGCGGCUGGUCAGUCUCCACUAGCAGCCGAGGCCCAGCUCCCGGUCUGGAAGGAACCUGUUGCUGCCUACCGGCCUCCAACCAGCAGCAUGUUAGCACAGCACACACAGUGAGCAAGUCUUUUCAAGGGAGAUGUCACAGGCCCCUGGCUGUGACCAGGCCUUUAUGGAGACCAUCAACAAAAACAUGCGUGUCCCAGAACGCCUGAGUGUGCACCCAGGGCAGCAGGCGUGGCCCGGAGAGGGAGAGGAGGCCCUGAGGAGAACAGAGGGGCCCCGGCCUGUUUACACCAUGCAGGUCCCUGAUAGGCUCACCUACACAGAGACCCCUGAUAUGAGCCCCAGACCUCUGUUCACCUCGUCCAAACCCGCUAUGUGUGGCCCUCUUGUUCUGGAGCCUUGCUGGGAGGCUCCUUCUGGAGAUUUCUUCUUUAGAGAAGCACUGCAGAGUCCCAUACGAAGAUCUUACAGUGAUCAAAGCUUUGGCAGGAUGUCACCUGGCACACCGACCCAGCUGAAACAGGCACUGGCACUGCCCAGACACCCAUCCACCUCUCCAGGCUUUCCUCUAGGCCAGCAGACAACUGACCCUCAAGCCCAGGCCCAGGCUCUCCCUGCCAUGUCUUUCAGCCCUCUGUCUCCUCAGUCCAUGCUGCAGGCAGCCAAGCAGCUGGGCCUGCAGGCCUCACAGCGCCUUCUGCAGACAGUCAGCCAGAAAUACAGAUUUAGCAAUCAAGAGAAGCUGCCACCAGCCAGAGUCGUGACCGACGUCCCCACUUCAGCACAUGUGGAGCACAGCAAGAAAAGGACAAUGGAGAACUGGAGCCCAGAAGAAGAGGGAGGAGCUGCAGUCGAGUUCAUCAUCCUCAGGAGACAGGUGAUGAAGAUAAGUCGUCGGCUGGCGGCACUUGAGAGGCACAACGCUGACCGCAGGAAUACUGAAGCUGUCCUCUUCUCACUGCUUCUGUCCGCCUGCCUGCUGAAUGUCUGGCUGUGGGUCCGCAGAUAACACACUCACUGACAUACACAUAUGAAAAUAGGAUUACUGAACUUUUGAGGACCCACACUCAGUUAAUUAAUUUAAAUGUUUUUUGAGAAGCUGUUUAGAAUUAGCAUUAGCAAUCGAAAAUCUAAACCUCAGACUUGUCUUUAUUGACUUGGGAAACUGUUACUGGCUGUCAUGCCUCUUGUUUCCUACAGAUGAAUAUUUCACUGAAUGCAAUUUUUUUGGGGUUCUUCAGAGUCAAUCUGGGAAAUGGGAUACACAGUUUAGCCUGAAUAAAACUGAUGCAGGCAUAUGGAGAAGAUGCAGACUAAACAGACUGCUCUAAUAUUGAGGAGCUGUGUGAAGUCUACAGCACAAUGACACUAAGUAUUACUCUCUAAACUUGAUUACAGUAAUUUAUUUAGACACAAUGUAGUGACUGUCAGAAGUAAUAAUACUGCUCCACUGUUUACCUGGACAUCAUAUUUUGAGUGUUUUUCUGUUAGCGGUGCAUAUUUGAGAUUAAGGCCCAAACAUUGAAGAUGUUACUCAUCACGUUCACCACUGGCUGAGUUACUUUUUUCAAAGCUGUACCAUUAUUGCUGCAAGUUUAUUUAAUAAAAGUAGAUUUUAUAUUUACAUGAAAUUCACUGCUUUGUGGGAUUUUUUUUUUUUGAACCAAUGCUCAUGCAAAUAUACAAACAAUUUCAGUGCAGACAGCCCCUUAUUUUCAAAAUGUCUGGUACUCUGGGGCAGCAGGGCUGUUUGUCCUGUUGUGGAUAAAGAUGAAAGUCAUUAAAAUAAAGCAGUGCAUGCUGACUGACUAGCUGUGUUCCACCAGGAUCAGGGUCCUGAGGUGUGAGCCACUUUGAACGUCAUGUUGCCUGUUUGCUUCUUAAGUGUCCAUGAGCAAUACAAUUAGGCUCUGCUCCUGUUGCAUGACACUCAAGGAUCCUUCCUUGGUAGGAUCCUUCCUUCAGAGUCGGGUCCCCCAGAGACGAGGCCAGAGUCCUUCUAUCACUGUAAUAACGCACAAAUAGAACAGCCUUCAGUGUGCAGCUGUGCGUCAUUGUGUAAUUGGACGUUGUGCUUAAAUUCAGCGCCGCAAUUUAAAAACCAGUUCAGACAUGAUGUGUCUUUGGCAUCAGCACUCUGACACAUAUUUGUGGAAAUAGAAGAUGUUUUAAGGUUGAAUCUCCACGAUUUAGCAAAAAAAAGCCCCAAAGUGGAUUAAAAUUAAAACCUGAAUAUUUCACUGAUCCUGGAUGAAUUUGGCCGCUACUUUGUUUCACAAAAGCAGUGACGCAUUAUUCACCAUGGAAAUGUGUCCUGUGAUUUAAAAAAAAAUGUUUUUACAGUACAGUACAAUAACUUAUUAUUUUUAAAUAACAAAGGAUUAUUGCGGACUGUCAGUCCCUGAUAACACAGUAAACAAAUGUAUAACUCUCUGAAUGGCAUAGCUACUAUACUUUGUUGUUUGUACAUAAUACAUCAUCAUCUGACGCAUUAAUAUGAAUUAACAAUUAAGAACUUUAGCUGACUGAGAGGGCAUCAAUUAACUCAACCGGAAAUGUCUCAAGAUGAUGUUAAUUAUCUUUUAGCUAAAUAUUCUGGCAUUUGUUUGUGCAUACAGUAUAUUUUGCUUGACUUUGAACACGUGUUGUAAGUUAUGUGAUAACAAAUAUUAAGUGUAAACUGGUAAUACUUAUAUAUUUAAAUGCAUAUUGCGCCGCCCGUGUCGCCGUUUCUUUGUUUGCCAUUUUUAAAUAUCCCGGUAGACAGGUGUGCGCAAGGCAUUAUGGGUAGUCUGGCGCACGGAGGAUACACACAUGCAUCCUUGGAAUGUGGGCAGAAGAAAGACUCUGUCCUCUGGAGGACCCUGGACAUUGGGACAGUCCUUCGGUGGACGUCGAUGACGUAGUGUCCUUCAAAUCCAGCUGUUUGAGGAUCCUUCCUCUGUCCUAGAGGCACACAAUGGGCCUCAUGCAAGAUCAUGUUCAUAUUCUUAUCUUAACUUUGUCUUAUAUAUCUAACAUUUAUACAGGAUUUUCAAACUCAAAAUCACUUCAAAGUCCUUUUUCCAAAAAGAUUGCCCCUACGAUAUGUACACUGGGGAGUCAGAGGGAAACAAACACCAGGCCCAACCUUCAAGUCUUUAUUUAACAAAAGAAUUAAAUUAAUACUAACUUAACUCAUUUAUGAAACAAACAUUUGGAGACUGGUCAUUUGGGAGUUUGUCAGAAAAAGUAUACAGAAAGAAAACUAAAUUACAUCAUACCGUAAUACAGGAAACAGUAUGAGAUGAAUGUUGUAUAAGAACAGUUGAUUAAUCAAAAACAUUGCUUUUAUGUGAUCUGUGAUUGUACAGCAAUUAAAA